UCUUAAACGACGAAGACUACUCAUCGAUGGGACAUUCAACACUUCCCCACCCCCCAUAAUCCCCCCAUCUCGAUAAAUUUUGAACAUGUCCGUGCCAAAAAUCAAACUCAACAAUGGCUCAGAAAUACCUGCCAUCGGUUUAGGGACAUGGCAGUCUAAACCUGAAGAAGUUGCUGCUGCUGUAGCUCAUGCUUUGAAGGAAGGGUAUAGGCAUAUCGAUUGCGCCUGGGGAUAUGGCAAUGAGAAGGAUGUCGGCGAAGGUAUUCGACAGUCUGGUGUUCCUAGGUCGGAUAUCUUCAUUACAAGCAAAUUGUGGAGCACGUACCACUCGCGUGUCGAAGAAUGCCUUGACCAAACCUUGUCUAAUCUUGGUGUCGAUUAUCUCGAUUUGUACCUCGUGCAUUGGCCAGUCCCUAUGAACCCUAAAGGUAACCAUCCCGUUUUCCCCCUUCUCCCUAAUGGGAAGCGGGAUGUCGAUCAUAGCUGGAAAUUAUCUCAAACUUGGGAGCAAAUGGAGGAUGUCUUGAAGAAAGGAAAAGUCAAGGCUAUCGGUGUUUCCAACUUCUCGGUAAAGAAACUAGAGGAAAUUCUUCCCACUGCUAACAUAGUUCCCGCUGUGGACCAGUUGGAAAUCCACCCUUAUAAUCCUCAACACGAGCUCUUGGCAUACCUUUGUAGCAAGGACAUUGUUCCUCAAGCAUACUCUCCCCUCGGAUCAUCAGGAUCGCCUCUGUUGAAGGACGAUGUUAUUCAAGCCAUUGCUCAGAGACUGUCUCUACAACCUGCGGAUGUCUUGCUCGGAUGGCUUGGUGCGAAGCAAAUUGUUGCUCUCCCAAAAUCUGUCACACCAGCACGGAUCACUUCCAACCUUCAUGGUGCCGUUGCGGGUGCGAAGAAACUGUCAAAAGAAGAUAUUGAAACUAUUGAUGGUCUGGCCACCUCUGGAAAGCAACAAAGGUUCAUCAUGCCUCCAUGGCCGGUUGACCUCGGUUUUGACAACUGGCCAGACAAGGUCGUGUAAUCAGGAAAGGGUCAAUGAAGGGAUUCUGUAUCGUUGUAAGUGAUAUUUAACUGUAAAGUAUAAGCUUAACGUGUAGAUAUGUAAACGAACGGGCCCAUUGUGGGCGUUUUUCGUCUGAACCCA